GCCAGGCGGCGGCGGGGGCCCGGGCGGGCGGCAGAUCCCCGAGGCUCCCUCCCGCAGCCGCGGCAGGACCGGCCAGCGGCGCCAUGGAGGGGAGCCCUAUCCCGGUGCUGACGGUGCCCACGGCGCCCUACGAGGACCAGCGGCCGACCGGCGGUGGCGGGCUGCGGCGACCCACAGGACUCUUUGAGGGUCAGCGCAACUACCUGCCUAACUUCAUCCAGAGUGUGCUGUCGUCCAUCGACCUGCGCGACCGCCAGGGUUGUACCAUGGUGGUGGGCAGCGACGGCAGGUACUUCAGCAGGACGGCCACUGAGAUCGUGGUGCAGAUGGCUGCGGCCAACGGGAUUGGACGACUGAUUAUUGGGCAGAAUGGCAUCUUGUCAACACCUGCAGUCUCCUGCAUUAUCAGGAAGAUCAAGGCAGCUGGUGGAAUCAUCCUCACAGCCAGCCACUGUCCUGGAGGACCAGGGGGAGAGUUUGGAGUGAAGUUUAAUGUUGCAAAUGGAGGUCCUGCACCAGAUGUUGUCUCAGACAAAAUCUACCAGAUCAGCAAAACAAUUGAGGAAUACGCCAUAUGUCCUGAUCUUCGAAUCGACCUAUCUCGACUAGGGAGACAAGAAUUUGACCUGGAGAACAAGUUCAAACCAUUCAGAGUGGAAAUUGUGGACCCCGUUGACAUCUAUCUCAACCUUCUUCGGACCAUCUUUGACUUUAAUGCUAUCAAGAGUUUGCUGACUGGGCCUAGCCAGCUGAAGAUCAGAGUUGAUGCCAUGCAUGGAGUUAUGGGACCCUAUGUGAGAAAAGUUCUGUGUGAUGAACUGGGGGCUCCAGCCAACUCUGCUAUCAACUGUGUCCCACUCGAAGACUUUGGAGGGCAGCACCCAGACCCAAACCUGACAUAUGCAACCACCCUUCUGGAAGCCAUGAAAGGGGGAGAGUAUGGAUUUGGAGCUGCGUUUGAUGCUGAUGGGGACCGUUAUAUGAUCCUUGGCCAAAAUGGCUUCUUUGUGAGUCCCUCGGACUCCCUUGCCAUCAUUGCCGCCAACCUCUCUUGCAUUCCGUAUUUCCGUCAGAUGGGGGUUCGAGGGUUCGGGAGGAGUAUGCCAACCAGCAUGGCUCUGGACAGAGUGGCUAAAUCAAUGAAGGUCCCUGUGUAUGAGACCCCUGCUGGAUGGAGAUUCUUCUCAAAUCUGAUGGAUUCCGGACGAUGUUCUCUAUGUGGAGAAGAGAGCUUUGGCACUGGCUCUGAUCACCUCCGAGAGAAAGAUGGCCUCUGGGCUGUCUUGGUCUGGCUGUCCAUUAUUGCUGCCCGGAAGCAGAGUGUGGAGGAAAUUGUUAGAGAUCAUUGGGCCAAAUAUGGCCGCCACUACUACUGCAGGUUUGACUAUGAGGGACUGGAGCCCAAGGCAACAUACUACAUCAUGAGGGACCUGGAGGCCCUGGUUACAGACAAGUCCUUCAUUGGCCAGCAGUUUGCGGUGGGGAGCCACAUUUACAGCGUUGCAAAGACAGACAGCUUUGAAUAUGUGGACCCUGUGGAUGGCACUGUAACCAAGAAACAGGGCCUGAGGAUCAUUUUCUCCGAUGCAUCACGGCUCAUAUUCCGGCUCAGUUCCUCCAGCGGUGUGCGGGCCACCAUCAGACUGUAUGCAGAGAGCUACGAGAGGGAUCCCAGCGGUCACGACCAGGAACCACAGGCGGUGCUGAGCCCUCUCAUAGCCAUCGCGUUGAAAAUAUCCCAGAUUCAUGAGAGAACUGGCCGGAGGGGACCCACUGUCAUCACCUGAGCACGGGGCAGCAGAGCACACAGAGAGACACUCCACCACCGUGCCUUCUUGCUUCCUGUUUGUGCCUCUUAGGACUUUGG